AUGUCAACUACUCUACGCCCUGCCGUCCCAUCAGACGCCCCGACCCUCAGCGCCAUCGCCAUAUCCGCCAAAUCCCACUGGGGCUACGACCAAGCCUUCAUAGAAGCCUGCCGCCAAGACCUCACCAUCAGCUCCGACGAAGUCUCAAACGGAACAUACAUCGUUGCCGAGCAGGACGGCGAAAUAGCAGGCUUCUACCAAGUUCACGGCACGCCGCCAGCAGGCAUCCUCGGCCACAUGUGGGUUACGCCGAGCAGGAUUGGCAGAGGGACGGGCCGUGUUCUAUGGGCGGAUGUGUUAAAGACGGCGCAAAGAAAUGGCUUUGAACAUAUAGAGAUUGAUGCGGAUCCGCAUGCUGAAGGAUUCUAUGUCAAAAUGGGGGCACGGAAGAUUGGUGAGGUGGAAUCGUCUGUGAUUCCUGGGAGAAUGCUGCCACUGAUGAGGGUGGAUGUUGCGCCCAAGCAGUGA